CAACCCAAUCAAGCAGUCCCAGAGUUAUGCGUUCAGUGCAUUGCCACAAUCUAAGUUUGAAGUUGAAUUUGUUGUAGCUGAACUUGAAUUGAGACAGCAUUGUCAAUGGAUGUUUGAAGUUGCUUGUGUUGGGUUGUGUUAUGAUGAGGUAUCUCAAGAGCCUUCAAACCAUGACCCUUUCUUUCUUUUCCUCAUCCACAAGAAUCUCCCACCCUCUUCAUCAUUCUAACAACAACUACUACUACCCUUUGAUUCUCACUUUCCCUCAAACCAUCAGAAGAUUCUCCUAUUCCUCCAUGUUCCAUAAAUAUUCGAUUUUUAUCCCACCCACUAAGACCCAUCUCUAUGCUUCAUUCUUUUGCACCCUCAUUCGCCUCUACUUGGCAUGUGGCAGGUUCUGCUUAGCCUCUGAUGCUUUCUUUUCCAUGCGUGGUCUUGGUCUUGUUCCCUCUUUGCCUUUGUGGAAUAAGCUUUUGUUUGAAUUCAAUGCCUUUGGUUUGGUUUCUCAGGUAAAAGUGUUGUAUUCCGAGCUGGUCUUUUGUGGGGUCGUGCCUGAUGUUUUCACUGUUAACAUAUUGGUUCAUUCGUUAUGCAAAAUGGGGGACUUGGAUUUGGCUUUAGGGUAUCUCAGGAAAAAUAAUGAUAUUGAUAUUGAUACUGUUACCUAUAAUACUGUCAUUUGGGGAUUCUGUGAGCAGGGAUUGACUGAUAAGGGUUUUGGAUUGUUGUCUGAAAUGGUUAAAAAGGGUGUAUGUGUUGAUUCAAUCACUUGCAAUGUACUAGUUAAGGGGUAUUGCCGAAUUGGAUUGGUUCAAUAUGCAGAGUGGGUCAUGUACAACCUGGUUGAUGGGGGGAUUCCACAAGAUGUUAUAGGUCUAAACACCUUGAUUGAUGGGUACUGUGAAGCUGGGUUGAUGAGUCAUGCACUGGAUUUGAUGGAGAACAGUUGGAAGAAUGGUGUCAAUCCUGAUAUUGUUACUUAUAAUACUUUGCUCAAUGCUUUUUGUAAAAUGGAUGAUCUUGUAAGGGCUGAGUCUCUUAUCAAUGAGAUUUUGGGCUUUCGGAGGGAUGAAGAAUCUGGUCAGUUAAAAAAUUAUGUUGUUGAUAUUCAGGAUGAGAUAAGAGAUUUGCGGCCAACGGUUGUCACAUACACUACAUUGAUUACUGCAUACUGUAGGCAUAAUAGAAUUGAAGAAUCCCUUUUUCUGUAUGAGCAAAUGAUUAUGAAUGGAAUCAUGCCUGAUGUGGUUACUUGUAGUUCUAUUCUUUAUGGACUUUGCAGACAUGGUAAAUUAAUUGAAGCGGUGGUGUUGCUGAGAGAGAUGUAUGAAAUGGGUUUAGAUCCUAAUCAUGUCUCAUACUCUACAAUUAUUAAUUCUUUCUUUAAAUCAGGGAGGGUAAUAGAAGCUUUUAAUCUUCAAAGCCAAAUGGUUGUUCGGGGCAUUUCUUUUGAUCUAAUUAUGUGCACAACUAUGAUGGAUGGACUUUUCAAGGUUGGGAAAUCUAAAGAAGCUGAGGAAAUGUUCCAAAGCAUUUUGAAGUUCAAUCUUGUCCCAAACUGUGUCACGUAUACAGCAUUGCUUGAUGGGUAUUGCAAGCUAGGAGACAUGGAACUCGCAGAGUCAGUAUUGCAAAAAUUGGAGAAGGAACAUAUUCUUCCAAAUGUUAUUACUUUUUCUUCUAUUGUAAAUGGAUAUGCUAAAAGAGGAAUGCUUAGUAAAGCAGUUGAUGUGUUAAGGAAGAUGGUCCAAAGGAAUAUUAUGCCAAAUACUUUUGUUUAUGCAAUUUUGAUAGAUGGCUAUUUUAGGGCUGGUGAUCAAGAAGCUGCUGCUGGUUUCUAUAAGGAAAUGGAAUCACGGGGAUUGGAGGAAAACAAUAUCAUAUUUGAUGUCUUGUUAAACAACUUGAAAAGAGUUGGAAGGAUGGAGGAAGCUCAGUCAUUAAUUAAAGAUAUGCACUCUAGGGGUAUUAGCCCAGAUAUUGUUAACUACUCUUCUCUAAUAGAUGGCUACUUUAAAGAAGGAAACGAGUCAGCUGCUCUUUCCAUAGUCCAGGAAAUGACAGCAAAAAACACUCGGUUUGAUGUUGUAGCUUACAAUGCUUUGAUUAAGGGGCUUUUGAGGCUGGGGAAAUAUGAACCACAAUCUGUGUUUUCAAGAAUGAUAGAGUUGGGUUUGGCUCCUGAUUGUGUUACAUAUAACACUCUAAUUAACACAUACUGCAUAAAAGGUAACACAGAGAAUGCUUUGGAUCUCUUGAAGGAGAUGAAGAGCCACGGGAUAAUGCCAAAUGUGGUCACUUAUAACAUUCUGAUUGGUGGGCUUUGUAAAACUGGUGCAAUUGAAAAAGCAAUGGAUAUUUUGAAUGAAAUGUUGGUUAUGGGGUUUGUACCUAUGCCAGUUACUCACAAGUUUCUGCUUAAAGCAUCUUCAAGGAGUAGAAAAGCAGAUGCAAUUUCACAAAUCCACAAGAAGCUUGUGGCUAUGGGCCUCAAACUUGACCAGACUGUAUAUAACACUCUAAUUACUAUAUUAUGCAGGUUAGGGAUGACUAGAAAAGCAAAUGUGGUGCUCAAUGAAAUGGCGACAAGAGGAAUUUCAGCUGAUAUUGUUACUUAUAAUGCCCUUAUUCGUGGUUACUGUACAGGCAGUCAUGUGGAGAAGGCGUUUAAUACUUAUUCGCAGAUGUUGGUUGAUGGAAUCUCUCCAAAUAUUACGACUUACAACACCCUUUUAGGAGGCCUUUCAACUGCUGGUUUGAUGGGAGAGGCGGACAAAUUAGUUAGCGAUAUGCAGGAAAGGGGAAUUGUCCCAAAUGCCGCUACCUAUAAUAUUUUGAUUUCUGGCCAUGGUAGAGUUGGAAAUAAACAGGAUUCUAUAAAACUUUAUUGUGAAAUGAUAACCAAAGGUUUUGUUCCCACUACAGGAACCUAUAAUGUGCUUAUUAGUGAUUAUGCAAAAGCAGGAAAGAUGCGUCAAGCUAGAGAACUUUUGAAUGAGAUGCUGACAAGAGGAAGAAUUCCUAAUUCUUCAACAUAUGACAUUCUGAUCUGUGGAUUGUGCAAACUAUCCUAUCAGCCAGAGAUGGAUAGGGCUCUUAAACUGUCAUAUCGGGCUGAGGCAAAAAAAUUGCUGAAAGAAAUGUGUGAAAAAGGACAUGUGCCAUCUGAGAGCACUCUCUUAUAUAUCAGUUCAAAUUUUUCUAUACCAGGAAAAAAGGCUGAUGCUAAAAGGUUGUUAAAGGUAUUUACACAAAAGAAGAAUGCAUGACAGAUGGUCUAUUGGACGGACAAUGAGAUGAUGUUAGACUGUAGCAACCAUCAACCCUAAAUAAGUUGGUCUUAAAUGCCCUAUAAGGUCUUAAGCGGGAUCAUGAAACUGGGAGACUGCCCAUAUCCUUUUUAU